AUGACAAGUAUUUCGAUUUCUCUUACACUGAUUAUAUUCCUAACGAUUCAACAAGUGCGAGCAAACUGUCAAAAUGAAACAUCAGGUGCUUCAUUUGUUUAUCGACGUGUUUGCUACUUUGCUAAUUGGGCAGCGAAAAGAUAUGACAAUAUCAGUCGUUUAACACCUGAAGAUAUCGAUCCAUUCCUGUGCACACACAUCAAUUUUGCUUUCGGCAAAGUACUCGAAAGUUUAACGAUAGCGCCUUAUGAAGAAGAUGAUUUGAAAGGAUGGACCACCAGUUCAAAAGGCAUGUAUGAGCGUAUAAUACAAUUGAAAGAAACCAAUCCUGAUCUGCGUGUACUACUGAGCGUCGGCGGAUGGACACAUGCAUCACGUGGGUUCAAUGAUGUAUCGAAGAGUGCAGCAAAUAUCAAAACAUUUGCUAAGAAUAGUGUGAAGUUCUUACGAGAUAAUAAAUUCGAUGGAUUGGAUUUGGAUUGGGAAUAUCCAGGUGCGAAAGACCAAGGAGCAGAGCCCCAUUCGAAAACCGGAUAUACAAAAUUAGUCAAGAAAUUAAGUGAAGUAUUCCAAGAAGAAGCAGAAGAAACAGGAAAAGAGAAGUUAUUACUCACAUGUGCUACAGCUGCUGCACGACAUCGAAUUGAGGCUGGUUAUGAAGUGGAAGAAGUGUGCAAAUAUUUUGACUUUGUAUCUGUCAUGACUUAUGAUUAUCAUGGAAGUUGGGAUGGGAAGACGGGACAUAAUAGUCCGUUGUAUGCAAUGCGGCAUGAACGAAAAAAAUUUCGCGAAUGGAAUAUCAAUAGUUCAAUGCAUGUAUGGGUAGAAUUAGGUUGCCCGAAGGAGAAAUUGAACAUCGGCCUUUCUGCUUAUGGAAGAGCCUUUUCGUUGAUGGCAGAAAUGGGAAUAAGUCACGGGAAAUCACUAGCUAGAAGAAAAUCAUCUAUAGGUGUGAAAGCAAGUGCUGCUGAAGCUGGAAAGUAUACAAGAGAAGCUGGUGUGUUGUCCUACUAUGAGAUUUGCGAAUUGUUAAAAAACAAUCCCAGUAAUCGUGUUUACUGGCAUCGUGAAAUGGGCGUUCCAUACGUUUCGAGUAAAUCAUUAUGGAUUGGAUUUGAUAACGUUCGUAGUGUUACCCUAAAAAUGAAAUUUUUGAAAGAUCAUGGGUACGGUGGUGUGAUUAUUUGGUCAUUUGAUCUUGAUGACAAGAUAGGUGACGUGUGCAAUGAAGGUCCGUUUCCGCUAUUCAAUGCUGCUAAACGUGAAUUAUUGAUCUUACCUGACCACCUUGCUAAUGCGAACAAAAAAUGUCCAGAUGACAAUAGUACAUGGCUACUGGAACAUCUCGGUUCUCAUUCAGUUUCAUCAAUAAAAACUUCAUUUUUAAUGGAUGAAAUCAGCAAUCGUAAUAACGAUUAUAUUAAAACAGAAUUGAUUACAAAGUUAAUGAAACAUUUCCUUCCGGAAGAUAAAUCCUCGCGUUUAUCAAGCGAUAUGGUGAAAUUAUUUACAGAAUUGAUCUUUGUAUUUGUUACUCAAGCAUUUACACGUACAAUUCAACAAGCAUCAUCCGAAGGAACAAUUCAAGUCGAAAUUUCCCAUCUAGAAAAAAUUCUCAUGCAAUUGUUACUUGACUUUUGA